CAAGCGAGAGGAUCAUGGCGGAUGGCCCCAGGUGUAAGCGCAGAAAGCAGGCGAACCCGCGGCGCAAUAACGUUACAAAUUAUAAUACUGUGGUAGAAACAAACUCAGAUUCAGACGAUGAAGACAAACUCCACAUUGUGGAAGAAGAAAGCAUUACAGAUGCAGCCGACUGUGAAGGCGGCGUGCCAGACGAUGACCUGCCCUCAGACCAGACAGUGUUGCCCGGGAGCAGCGCGAGAGAAGGGAGCGCAAAGAGCUGCUGGGAGGACGAUGCAGGAAAGGAAGGACAAGAAAUCCUGGGGCCGGAAGCUCGGGCAGAUGAAGUGGGAUGUGCAGUAAAAGAUGAUGAAUGCGACUCAGAUGCAGAAAAUGAACAAAACCAUGAUCCUAACGUUGAAGAGUUCCUGCAACAACAAGACACUGCAGUCAUCUACCCCGAGGCACCCGAGGACGACCAGAGGCAGGGCACGCCGGAGGCCAGCGGGCAUGACGAAAACGGAACACCAGAUGCAUUUUCCCAGUUGCUCACCUGUCCGUAUUGUGACAGAGGAUAUAAACGCUUUACCUCUCUGAAAGAACACAUUAAGUAUCGCCACGAGAAGAAUGAAGACAACUUCAGCUGCUCCCUGUGCAGUUACACGUUUGCAUACAGAACCCAGCUCGAGCGCCACAUGACCUCCCACAAAUCAGGACGAGAGCAGAGACAUGUGACGCAGUCUGGGGGUAAUCGUAAAUUCAAGUGCACUGAAUGUGGAAAAGCUUUCAAAUACAAACACCAUCUAAAAGAGCACUUAAGAAUCCACAGUGGAGAGAAGCCAUAUGAAUGCCCAAACUGCAAGAAACGUUUUUCCCAUUCUGGUUCCUACAGCUCACACAUCAGCAGUAAGAAAUGUAUCAGCCUGAUGCCUGUGAACGGGCGGCCGAGAACAGGGCUCAAGACCUCGCAGUGCCCCUCACCCUCGCUCUCGGCCUCUCCAGGCAGCCCCACGCGGCCACAGAUGCGGCAGAAGACAGAGAACAAGCCCCUGCAAGAGCAACUUCCCGUAAACCAGAUCAAAACCGAACCUGUGGAUUACGAGUUCAAACCCAUAGUGGUUGCUUCAGGAAUCAACUGCUCAGCCCCUCUACAGAACGGGGUUUUCAGUGGUGGUGGCCCCUUACAGGCAACCAGUUCUCCUCAGGGUGUGGUGCAGGCCGUCGUUCUGCCAACGGUGGGUUUGGUGUCCCCCAUCAGUAUCAAUUUAAGUGAUAUUCAGAAUGUACUUAAAGUGGCGGUAGAUGGUAAUGUCAUCAGGCAAGUUUUGGAGAAUAAUCAAGCCAAUCUUGCAUCCAAAGAACAAGAAACAAUCAAUGCUUCAUCCAUCCAGCAAGGCGGCCAUUCUGUUAUUUCAGCCAUCAGUCUUCCUCUGGUUGAUCAAGAUGGAACAACCAAAAUCAUCAUUAACUACAGUCUUGAACAACCUAGCCAACUUCAAGUUGUUCCUCAGAAUUUAAAAAAAGAAACCCCAGUCCCCACCAACAACUGCAAAAGUGAAAAGUUACCAGAAGAUCUUACUGUCAAGUCUGAGAAGGACAAAAGCUUUGAAGGGGGAGGGAAUGACAGCACUUGCCUCCUGUGUGACGACUGUCCCGGGGACAUCAAUGCACUUCCGGAGCUGAAGCACUAUGACCUGAAGCAGCCGGCCCAGCCCCCUCAGCCCCCCACCCCAGAAGCUGCCAAGCCCGAGGCCUCCACUCCAUCGGGGUCCGGAGAUGGCAGUUUGUCUCCCAGUCAGCCACCUUUAAAGAACCUCUUGUCUCUUCUGAAAGCAUAUUAUGCUUUGAACGCACAGCCAAGUGCAGAAGAGCUCUCAAAAAUUGCCGAUUCCGUGAACCUACCAGUGGAUGUAGUGAAAAAGUGGUUUGAAAAGAUGCAAGCGGGACAGAUCUCAGUGCAGUCUUCUGAACCAUCUUCCCCGGAACCAGGCAAAGCCGACACCCCUGCCAAGAGCGACGGUCAGGCUGCAGACGCAGAUGAAACCCAGGACAGCACAGGGAACCGCCAGAGCCCUCUGAAGAGAGCUAGCUCCCCCGUCUUACCAGGAGGCUCGGCCGUCAACGGUUCCGGAAGCAGCGCCUCCUCCCCUUCUCCCCUGAACCUCUCUUCCUCCAGAAGCGCACAGGGUUACUCGUACCCGACAGAAGGGGCGCAGGAAGAGCCGCAGGUCGAACCUCUUGAUCUUUCACUACCAAAGCAGCAGGGCGAGUUAUUGGAAAGGCCAACUAUCACUAGUGUUUACCAGAACAGUGUUUAUUCUGUCCAGGAAGAACCCUUGAACUUGUCUUGUGCAAAAAAGGAGCCACAAAAGGACAGUUGUGUUACAGACUCAGAACCAGUUGUAAAUGUAAUCCCACCAAGUGCCAACCCCAUAAAUAUUGCUAUACCUACCGUCACUGCCCAGUUACCCACGAUCGUGGCCAUCGCUGACCAGAACAGCGUUCCGUGCUUGCGAGCACUGGCUGCCAACAAGCAGACCAUCCUGAUCCCCCAGGUCGCCUACACAUACUCAACUGCAGUCAGCCCGGCGGUCCAGGAAACACCCUUGAAGGUGAUCCAGCCCAAUGGAAAUCAGGAUGAAAGGCAAGACACUAGCUCAGAAGGAGUAUCCAACGUAGAGGAUCAGAACGACUCCGAUUCCACGCCCCCCAAAAAGAAAAUGCGGAAGACAGAAAACGGAAUGUAUGCUUGUGAUUUGUGUGAUAAGAUAUUCCAAAAGAGUAGCUCACUGUUGAGACAUAAAUACGAACACACAGGUAAAAGACCCCACGAGUGUGGCAUCUGCAAAAAGGCGUUUAAACACAAGCAUCACCUGAUAGAGCACAUGCGCCUGCACUCCGGGGAGAAGCCCUACCAGUGCGACAAGUGCGGGAAGCGCUUCUCCCACUCGGGCUCCUACUCCCAGCACAUGAACCACCGCUACUCCUACUGCAAGAGGGAGGCCGAGGAGCGGGAGCCCCCCGAGCCGGGGGCCGCAGGCCCAGGGGUCCCGCCCGAGCAGCACGCGGGGCAGGGCGACUCGGACGAGAGGGAGAGCUCGACGCGGGAGGAGGAUGAGGACAGCGAAAAGGAGGAGGAAGAGGAGGAGGAGGAGCGGGAGCUGGAGGAGCUGGAGGAGAAGGGAAGUGGAGCGGCGCGAGGGGCGGAGGAGGUGGAGGACGGGGAGGAGGAGAUGGACGACGAGGAGGACAAGGAGGAGGAGGCGGAGGAGGAGGGGGAGAGAGCAGAAACGGAAGGUGUGGGGCAGGGGGCGGGGGCUGGAAGCCAAGCCCAUAGCUUAGAACACAAAGUCAGUGAGGGCAGCGAGCAGGUGUCUGAAGAGAAAACAAAUGAAGCCUAA